UUGAUUUAGUAUAAAUUAGGUCACUUGUGCACACUUGUCAUCAGUUGAUAAACGACAGUGAAAAAGCGAUUACUCAAUUGUUAAAUCGUAUUUUUAUUGAUUUGCUCGGUUGAAAAAAAACUCGUUUGUCGACAGCUAUUUGUGAUAAACUCAAAAAUACAAUAUUCUGAAAUAAUGAAGAUACUGGCUGCUUUGUGCUGUUUCGUGGUCGUAGUAUCUUCAUAUGGUGGAGAGAGGAGACAAUAUACUCAAUUGGGAAUAGGAAACAGAGGUAACGUUGGACCAAAAUCAUUUGGAUACGGCCUUAGACGAGAAGCAUACGGAUGGAGAACAAGUAAACCAGUUUUGUUCAUGCGUAAACGUCUACAAGAAAGAGCAAGAUCCGCACCGAAAAUACCAAUCCCCUAUCGACCAAAUCUGUUUAAACGUUCUCCCCCAGGCAUUAUGAUCAAAAAACAGGAUAAACCAGAACCAUUAUGGCAGCGAGCUGUAAAAAUUCUUUUCGGCAUAAAUAGCAACAAAUACCGGCCGAGACCAUUUGGUAUUCCGGGGAAUGAUGACAAAAGUAGACUUGGACCAUUUUGGCGCCGAGUAGAUGUUGAUAGAAAACCCUGGCCAUUUGGACGUCGUGGAGAUGAAGGCAGACUAGGGCCUUUUAGGCGACCAGGAGAUGGCGAUGGUGAUAGACCUGGACCCCUUCGACGUAGAGAAUAUGGUGAUAGAGAUAGACCUGGAUCUUUCUGGCGUAGAGGAGAUGGUGAUAAAAAUGGACCUGGACCUUCCGGGCGUAGAAGAGAUGAUGAUGGAAAUAGACCUGGACCUUUCGGUGGUAGAAGAGAUGGUGAUGGAAAUAGACCUGGACCUUUCGGGCGUAUAGGAGAUGGUGAUAGAAAUAGACCUGGACCUUUCGGGCGUAUAGGAGAUGGUGAUGGAAAUAGACCUGGACCUUUCGGGCGUAUAGGAGAUGGUGAUAGAAAUAGACCCGGACCUUUCGGGGAUGGAAAUAGACCUGGACCUUUCGGUCGUAGAGGAGAUGGCGAUGGAAAUAGACCUGGACCUUUCGGUCGUAGAGGAGAUGAUGAUAGAAACAGACCUGGACCUUUCGGGCGUAGAGGAGAUGAUGAUGGAAAUAGACCUGGACCUUUCGGACGUAGAGGAGAUGAUGAUGGAAAUAGACCUGGACCUUUCGGACGUAGAGGAGAUGAUGAUGGAAAUAGACCUGGACCUUUCGGUCGUAGAAGAGAUGGCGAUGGAAAUAGACCUGGACCUUUCGGUCGUAGAGGAGAUGAUGAUAGAAAUAGACCUGGACCUUUCGGGCGUAGAGGAGAUGAUGAUGGAGAUAGACCUGGACCUUUCGGUCGUAGAGGAGAUGAUGAUAGAAAUAGACCUGGACCUUUCGGACGUAGAGGAGAUGAUGAUGGAGAUAGACCUAGACCUUUCGGUCGUAGAGGAGAUGGCGAUGGAAAUAGACCUGGUCCUUUCGGUCGUAGAGGAGAUGGCGAUGGAAAUAGACCUGGACCUUUCGGUCGUAGAGGAGAUGAUGAUAGAAAUAGACCUGGACCUUUCGGGCGUAGAGGAGAUGAUGAUGGAAAUAGACCUGGACCUUUCGGACGUAUAGGAGAUGAUGAUGGAAAUAGUCCUGGACCUUUCGGACGUAGAGGAGAUGAUGAUGGAAAUAGACCUGAACCUUUCAGACGUAGAGGAGAUGAUGAUGGAGAUAGACCUGGACCUUUCGGUCGUAGAGGAGAUGGCUAUGAAAAUAGACCUGGACCUUUCGGUCGUAGAGGAGAUGGUGAUGGAAAUAGACCUGGACCUUUCGGUCGUAGAGGAGAUGAUGAUGGAGAUAGACCUGGACUUUUUGGGCGUAGAGGAGAUGGUGAUGAAAAUAGACCUGGACCUUUCGGUCGUAGAGGAGAUGAUGAUGAAGAUAGACCUGGACUUUUUGGGCGUAGAGGAGAUGGUGAUGGAAAUAGACCUGGACCUUUCGGUCGUAGAGGAAAUGGUGAUGGAAAUAGACCUGGACCUUUUGGACGUAGAGAAGAUGGUGCUAGACCUGGAUCUUUUGGACGUAGUGGAGAUGGUGAUGAAGGUAGACCUGGACCCUUUGGACGUAGUGGAGAUGGUGAUGGAGAUAGAACUGGAUCUUUUGGACGUAGAGGAAGUGGUGACAGAGAUAGACCUGAUAUUUCCGGGCGUGGAGGAUAUGGUGAUAGAUAUAGACCUGGACCUUUUGGGCCCAGAGGAGAUGAUGAUGGAAAGAACUUUGGAAACAUUAUGAAGAGAAUUCUGAAAGUGAUACAUAAAACCUUCGGAAAAAAAGAAAAUGAUAUAGACACAAAUAACAAAAAAUGCAAAAAGCAAUGUGAAGCAAAGGAAAAAUGCUUUGGAAGAAAAGAUUUUGAAAAAAUGAUGAUGCUGUCGCCCAAACAUUGCAAAGCAUGCAUGAUGAAAGAAUGCCAAUUUAAUAUGGAUCGUAAAUGUUUCAUGGAUGCUCACAAGAAAUGUGACAACAUUUGCCCAGUAUUAUCACAAGAGAAAGUCGAGAAUAAAACGUCCUUUUGUAAAACAUGCAUUGAAAAAUGUGAAGCAGAAAAGGUCAAUGAAGACGAUGAUGACAUGCCGGAGGAUGAAAAUACAAUCGACGAUAUCUUAGAAAAGGAAAAGGAAGAUCUAGAAGAUGAUAGCCAUGAUGGAAAUGAUGAAACCGCAAGUGAAAUAGAAGUUAGCGAUGAAGAUGAAGUUGGAAAUGAUGAGAUGACUUCUGAUGAUAUAAUGUCAACUACGGGUGGUGAUAUGGCAUCGGAUUCUGAUGAAUAAUAAUUCCGAUUCAGCAACGAACGUUUUCUCUGUGGAACAGUUUUAAAAUAUUCAAAUAUAUCUAAAAUUGUUAUGUAAAAUACCUAAAAAGGUUGGAGCAUUAAUGUGUUGAGAGAAUAUGCUAAUAAAACCGUAUAACAGAAU